AUGGCUUCGACGACGGCGUCCAACCUGGCCGGCGCGUGGUUCGGCGAGCUCGCGUCGGCGCUGCAGGGGACGUGGCAGGCGGUGGCCGCCACCGGCGAGGACCCGCGCCAGCUCCAGCAGCAGAAGCCGGCACGAGGCGACAGCAACAAGGCGGUGCGAGGAGCCGCGGCGGCCGUCGGGAGGGACAAGCAGGGAGGGGACGUCGCGAGGUGCGGCGGCGCCAUGUCCGACACCACGCUCUACCUGCUGCUCGACCGGUUCUCGCCCAACUGA